AUGUGGCGGGCGCUGGCGGGGGCGCGGCGGCUCCUGCGGCCGCUCGGGGCCGUGGCCGGGGGCGCCCUGCGGGCGGAGCCGCCGCCACCCCGGGCCCCGCCGGGUCGGGGCUGCGCGGCGGCGGCGGUGGGAGGCGGAGCCGGGCCCGGGGCGCUGGGGGCGGCGGCGGAGCGGCGGCAGCCGGCAGAUACAAUUCUUCCACAGUUCAACGUUGACUUGGUUGUAGCACUGCUGAGGCAAGAAAAUGCUAAAGACAUCUGUGUCAUCCAGCUAUCUCCAGAAAUGAAAUACUGUGAUUAUUUUAUAAUUGUGAGCGGAUUUUCAACACGGCACCUUCAUGCGAUGGCAAAUUACAUGCUGAAAAUGUACAAGCAUCUCAAAGAAGAAGGUCGUGCUAAUACUCAGAUUGAAGGAAAAGAGACAGAUGAUUGGCUGUGCAUUGAUUUUGGUAACAUAGUGGUGCAUUUCAUGCUGCCAGAGACACGAGAAGUUUAUGAAUUGGAGAAACUGUGGACUCUUGGUCCCUACGAUGACCAGUUAGCACAGAUGACUCCACAGUCCCUGCCAGAAGACUUUAUACUUGGACUGACUCCUAACAGCAGUGAUCAUCUUGAGACAAGAACUUAAAGCAGCUACUGCAUGGAAAGAGAAGGAGUGUGCCUGAGUCAUACAGCCUUGAGAACUGUGUAGUCAGUACAGUUGAUCAGUACAAAACAGUUUUUAUUGGAUGUCCCUAGGUAGAUUUCUGAACAAGCUAAAGUGAGCAGAAUCAUAGACUCAUCAAGAUUGGAAAAAGCCCUUAAGAGUCCAACCAUGAAAUGUCAAGGAAUCCUGUCAGAGCUUCCCAGGGCAGCCACUGUCUUAGUGGAGUUUGCAGUGAGAAGAGCGGGGCAAAACCAGCUGCUUAAGCUGGAGCUCAUGCUCAGCCUUUAGAGCAAUUGUUUUUCUAAUGUCUUUGAAAGACACCCUGUAGUGGCAGUACAAAACAGACUGGAGUGCUGCAAGGAAAACUGUGAAAUAGUACAGUUGGGAUGACGCUUCUUGUGUUAAGCCAUUUGCUUCUGGUCACAAUAAAGCAAGUCAUGGUCAGAAGUGGGGACAGAAAACAGACUGGUGUUACUGAGAACAUAAAAGCCAAGAGCAACAGUGACAAAUAAAUGUGCUUUGAGUUAUCAGAACAGUAAAUCAGUUUUCCAGCCAAGGCAAACCUGGUUUUAAUAAUAAUAAAAAACACCCUAAACUGAA